UGUAUGUAUGUAUAAAAAUAAAUGAUGAGUGGAUUAUAAUUGGCCUGGGAAAAUGGCGAGAGUUGUUAAGUGAAGGGAGGGAAGGGAAGCAGUGCCUACUCUUUUUAUUUCUUUCUUUCUCUACUAUUCCACACUCUCUCUAUCCUCCCUGUUGGGAAUUGUGGAUAGACAGACAGGGAAGUAAAAGAUCAAAAAAAGAGGUUGUCCCUGCUGCCUGCCUGCCAAAUCUCUCUCUCACAUCCAAACAUGGCAAAACCCUAGGAAUGAAUUGCUACUACUACUUUACUUUGCUACUAUUUAUUUAUUUUAUUGGUUGUGCAAGAUGAGAGACAUUGAUUACAAUUCCAAGUACUCUUUGCUUUGCUUUGCUUUGGGGCAUAGGUGGCUAGCUAGUCUCCCCCUCCCCCAAAUACUCUUUACAACAUCGAUCUGAUCUUCUCUUUUUAUGACAACAUCCUAAACCCGUCUCCCCCCUUUCUGCUAUUGCUUUGCUCACACACACAUAUAUAUAGAAUCGAUCCCAUGCCAAGAACACAAAAUAGUACGUAGCAGUUGAAAAGGGCUUCUGAUCUCAUCUCAUCUCAUCUUUGUGCAGGUGAAGAAGAAGAAGAAGAAGAAGAAAAAGUCCUAUGAUGAUGGAUUGCUACUGCUGCUUUUAUUUUUAUGGUUUCUUGAUCUUGUGCUUCAUUCUCCAUGGAUUUUGCACCACACAAACACACAAUGUCAAUCACCCCAACCCCAACUCCAUCUCUGAAACCAUGAGCUGUGGAUUGAGUGAUCAUCACAAUAACAAUAAUAAUAAAUUACAGCAGCAGCAGCAGGUAGAGAGUGAGAGCGUUGAAGAAGAGUAUUAUUAUUAUUCAAAAGGGGAUGGGGAUGGAAGGAGGAGGAUUCUGGGGGGCCUGGGAUCGUCGCCGCCGCGGUGCGCGUGGAAGUGCGGCGGAUGCUCGCCGUGCAAGGCGGUGCACGUGGCGGUGCCGCCGGGGAAUAAUCCGGUGACGAUGGAGUACUACCCGGAGGCGUGGAGAUGCAAAUGUGGGGAUAAGCUCUACAUACCCUAAUACUAAUUAUUGGAGUAUAUAACUAUUAAUGUCUAGUCUAGUCUAGUCUAAUCUACUCUAACAACCAAUUGCAAUUUACAGUAACAGUUACCCUCAUAAUUCCAUUUCAAUCUUCCUCGUGUAUAUAUGAUCUGAUCUGAUAUGUUCUGUUCUGCUCUCUUUAAUUUUGCCAUUCACCUCCUUCACCAAAAGUUUAGUUUAGUUUAGUUUUGUUUGCUGUAGUUUAGUUUUAC